AUGUCCCAUAAAGAAGACUCGGAGGUCUUCCUCGACACUCCGUACGACUGGAUCAACUGGCAGAGCAACUUCGUGGCGAAAGCCAUCGACCGGGAGCUCUGGGAUUGGAUCGACGGCAAGAAGGAUCUCAUGAAGAGGCCUGAGAGGGUGGCCCUUGAACCCCCUCCGACUCUGAAUGCCGCCGAAGAAGGUCCCGCUGCAUCUGCCGCCACUACCUCAACGGAAACGGCAUCAGCUACCGUUUUCGCUUCUACUACGAGGCCAGCUUCUGUGGCCGAGAGAGAUCGUCGCCUUCGAGAGAAGCAAUUCGAAUACACGAUCUAUCAGUCAGAUCUACGCCUGUUCGGGCAGCAACAGGAAGGCAUUCGAGACCUACGCAGCUGGGUCGCCAAGACUAUAUGCAAGACAUACCACAGAACAUGCUGCAAGGCGAACCAGUCCUUAAAGCAGUGGUACGAGCUUCUGAACAGUAAUGCAAAAGGGUCCGAGAAGGAGGUGAGGAGAACCCUUCAUCAGAAAUACGAGAAGGCUAUUACCCCGACCGCAAAGCCGCCUCGCAACUGGACCAAUUGGUCCGACAUAUGGAUUAAAGCUAUUAACGAGGGGCUCGAGGGAGGACUCCCCGAGGCUCUUAACGAGGAAAUCUGGCUACGAGGCUUCCUCAGGGCCGUCAGACCACAUUUCCCCCAUUGGGUCGACACGAUUACCAUCACGAAUCCCCAAGACCAACCUAAUUUCACAAUCCACAAGCUAAAGGACCUCUUCCUCGCGUAUAUUUACAACAAUUCGGGCCCCUCUAUCAUUAAACGAGGAGCUUUUGGUCCGACCUUCAACGCCCGUGGAAACCACCAGCGAGGAAGAGGUGGCAAGAGGCCCAGGUCGAAGACCACAGACGACAAGGGAGAAAAAUACUGUCGUUUGUGCGAACAGCCCGGCCACCGCCUUAACUUUUGCUGGGGAAUCUUCCCGGAUAGAGCUGCCGAGUGGUGGAAGCCCUCGGACAUAAUCAAGAAAAACCUCAAAGACGAGUCCAUCGCAGAAGAGAUCAAAAGAGCAAAGGGGAAGCGACAAGAAAGAGCAACCCCUGGAGACUUCCUUUGGGCAGGAGAAAGCAAGGUGCCAAUCCAAGGCUAUGGCGACGUGGACGUGGAAGUCGAGGGCCCUCAAGGACCUCGUCUGCUGCGUUUAACCGAUGCCGCCUACUGUGAAAGCUUUGCAUGCAACCUCAUCUCCUACAAACACCUAAAAAGGCAGGGCGUUUGGUGGGACGAAUCCCCCGGCCAGCGAUCAUGCCUUCGAGCAGCUGAUAGACGCAUCCUCGCCUUCGUCCAAGAAGAGCAUGGCUCCAUCACCAAACGCCACCCACAGACCGCGACCGCAGAGCUCUGGCAUCUCCGCCUUGGGCAUCCAGGUCCAAGAACCCUGGAGCACCUUGUCAACUGCUCAAGAGGCGUCCGCAUCAAAGGCAUCACCACCACAGGAUGUGAUGACUGCGGCACGGCCAAAUUGAAACGACAAAUUCGAAGGGAGCCACGAGAAACGCCGCCACCAGGCGAGCGCCUGGCAGUCGACUUCCACGAUCUCGAGCCUGACCAACUAGGCUACGAUUCGAUGAUGUUGAUCACUGACAGGGCCACAGGCUUCGCUUGGGACUACUACCUUCAAGACCGCAGAGCAGAGACGAUCAACGCCUCUUUAGGCCAUGCCAUUGAUUACCUCCGACACCAAUAUGGGUUCUCCGUUAAGGUGAUUGAGUGUGAUAAUGAGCUAACCUCCCAGAAGCCGGCAGUCACAAACUUCCUCUUGCAGAAGCUUCUUAAGGUCGAGCCCUCAGCUCCCUACACGCAAGCGCAGAACGGAGGAGCCGAGCGCUCGGGGGGUGUGAUCAAAGACAAAGCCCGCGCGAUGGGAGGAGAACUGCCUACUCAACUGUGGAGAGAGAUCUACAGAGCCGCGGUCUACCUCAACAACCGCACGCCAAAGAGCGGCCAGAAAUGGAAAUCUCCCUACGAGAACGUCACAGGCAAGAAGCCUCCGCUAGAGCAUCUCCGCGCGUAUGGCUGCAAAGCCUUCGCGAUGACUACAACCGCACAAAAGAAAGCAGAGCGCUUGAAGAAGCUCAACCCACGAGCCUGGAUCGGCUACCUAGUCGGCUAUACGUCUUCGAACGUGUACAGAGUCUGGGUUCCCACAGAGAACAAGGUGAUCUCGACGAGAGACGUGAUUUUCGAUGAAAGGCAGCUGUUUGAUGGAACAUUCCAGACGCUAGCGCAAGAUGUCAAAGACGCAGACCUCGAAGAGCUCGCAGAAGCCCUAAGACAAAUCACCCUGCCUGAAGAAGAAGAAAUCCCUUCGCUCACAUCUACACAGGCCCCAGACGAGCGGCUCUUUGAGCUCAACGACGAUGCCAACGACGAGCAGACUCCCCCAGUCGCCCUGCUCGCGGCGUCGAUCCAACAAGCCAGCCAUGUGUGGAACAAGCCUUUAUCACGAGAUCCUGGAAAUGGACUCGUUGAUUCAAGCACUGCGUUCGCGCAGGAGCCGCCCUCUCGAGGUUAA